AUGGCUCCAUCAGUCUCAUCAGGAUCCUACAACUCUCUUUUGCGCUCUGUCGCCACAAAACUUCUCACCGAGUCGGGUUACGGACUGCAUCACCUGCACCACGCGUCCAGCUCUGGCAUUCGAGAUAUCGUGCACCACCUGCUUGUCGCUCGCCCACCUACAGACGACUGUGGCUCCAAGCAAGAGGAGGAGCUCUACACCCAAGUGGAGAGUCUGCUAAACCUUGAGCUUACACAACGCAAGACCAUCGUGGACGCUCUGAAACUACCAACUGUGAUACCCUCGUCGUCUCCAGACGCACACGGUUUCCAGCAGAUUGCAUUGUGGAAAGGAGACAUCACUACGCUUAGAGCCACUGCCAUUGUGAACGCCGCCAACUCCGCUCUUCUCGGUUGUUUCCAACCAUCUCACAAAUGUAUCGACAACGUCAUCCACAGUAUGGCGGGGCCUCGUUUACGUGCUGCUUGUCAUGAAAUUAUGUCUCGUAAGGCUCAUGAGGAGCCUGGUGGCAACGCACAGAUCACACAGGGCUUUGCUCUGCCAUCCUCCUUUGUGAUCCACACAGUCGGUCCGCAACUACGUCAUGGCGAACAGCCAACUGCAGCGGAGUGCGACCAGCUCCAGUCGUGCUACACUAAGUCCCUGGACUUGCUGCUAAAGAAAGUUGGAGACACUGAACAGCAUGUGUCUAUUGCGUUCUCGUGUAUUUCGACUGGGUUAUUUGCAUUCCCGAGCGACGUAGCUGUGCCUCUAGCGGUCAACAGUGUGCUGGAGUGGCUGAAUCAGCAUCAAGAGGAAACGCGAGGAUGGAAGAUCAUCUUCAACACGUUCCUCAAACGCGACUACGAUCUGUACAAGAGUUUUAUCGAGAGCAAGUGUCCGGGUAACGUCACUCUACCCCCUGUACCGGUAUCCUCCGCUAUACAGAGUGCACUUCGAGCAGUGCAAGAUGCCGACUGCCUUCUUGUAGCUGCCGGUGCUGGACUCUCGGCUGCCGCUGGUCUCGACUACACGUCCGAAGCAGUGAUGAAGAAGUUCCACCCUGACAUCAGGAAGAUUCUCCCCAGCUUUCGUAUGAUCUUUGCCCGGUUCGACUGGGUACGACACCGCACGGCGCCCACUUACGACUAUGUCAAGAAGAUCUUCAACUCGUUUGAAAGCCGCAAUCCCGGCUCUGCUUUCGUCGAGACCAGCAACGCCGACGGAAUGUUCGAACAGGAAGGUUUUGACACGAAAUCCAUCUACAUCAUGCAGGGAGAUUACGGCCGGAUCCAGUGUUUGAAGCCCUGUGCACAAGACAGUGUCUGGAGCUCUCGUCCAUUCAUGGAGAAGGCACUCGAAAGCUUCAACCCGAAGACGUACAGAGUCGAAGACCCCGCUGGAAUCCCUAAAUGCCCUAGAUGUGGUGGCAAAUUGUUUCUUCUCUUGCGUGUGGACGACUCGUUCUUGCAGAGCGCAUUAGAGGGAGGCCGUGCCGUGUACAACAAGUGGCUGUCUGGAGUGCUGGGCCGAGUGAAACACGACGGCAAGAAAUUCGCGAUUCUCGAAGUUGGCGCGGGUUUCAACACUCCUGGCGUCAUUCGCAUGCCAAACGAACGUCUCGCAUACACCGACGGAGUGCAACUCAUUCGAGUAAAUCCGGAAUACCCGGAGAUGCCCUUCCAAUCACACGGUGUGGGGGUCCCUGAGGACGCCAAUGCAGUGCUGGAAUACAUCUCGAAGCACGUUGAUACCAGGUAA